AAAAACAGCAAAAAAAUGGCAAAAUAUUUAAUUGCAUUACGUUUUUUGCUGCUAUCGCCGCUGUGGGUGGUCAAUUGUGAAAGAUUGCCGAAAACCUAUCCAAGUCUGGAACGCCAAAUAUCGGCGCUGCAAACCGAACUCGAGAAUAAAGACGAAUUAAUAGCAAUGCUAAGAAUCAAAACGCUUAAUGAACAGGAAAGAAUCGCAGAGCUAGAGAAGAAACUAGCUGAAUUGAAGCAAUCGAGCAAUAAAUGCCAAACCAGCAGCUGUCUGUGCAAAUCCACAGAGUUGCAUGAGAUCAAACUGCCGGGCAGACAAGCCUUUCAAGUGUCCUGCGACUCGAGCCUAGUGGAUCCCGGCUGGACCGUCAUCUUGCGCCGCAUCGAUGGUAAAGUCGACUUCAAUCGCAAUUGGAGAGAGUAUCAACAGGGCUUUGGCGACUUGCGUGGCGAAUUCUUCAUCGGACUCGAUAAGCUGCAUCAGAUAACGAAUUCGCAACGCCACGAAUUAUAUAUAUAUUUGCGAAAUGAGCAUAAUGAAACACGCUUUGCGCGCUACGAUAAUUUUUUGAUUGCCGACGACAAUGAUUCGUUUCGUAUCAAGUCGCUGGGCGUCUACUCAGGAGAUGCUGGCGAUGCCAUGGCUGCUCACUUGAAUAUGCAAUUCUCAACGUUUGAUCUGGAUAACGAUAAUAGCAAUAGAAAUUGCGCCGAUGAAAAUAGCUCCGGCUGGUGGUUCAACGAUUGCUAUCAGUGCAAUUUGAAUGGACUCUAUAACAGUGGCUUCUAUUGGUAUAAAUGGCAAAGGAAUUUGCUUAAAUUUGCUCAAGUCAUGAUUCGACCCAAAGAGCUGUAGAAGGAAGAGUCUAAAGAGUCUUGAUGAAUGGAAA